UACUAAUAUACCUAGUCAGGUCAUAAAUUCUGUCACAUGUUUAAUGUAAAAUAAUUGAAACAAGUUUAUUCAUUAUGUAACCAUUCAUAUACCAAAAUGAACUUAACAAAACAUAGAUUCUUAUGACACUAAAGUUUAUUCAAAAUGACCUCCGUGAUUUUGAAUACAGGCCUUCAAUCUGCGCGGCCAGUCGUCUAUCGCAGCACGAACGAGGUCCAUGUCAAUAUCGGCGGCUGCCUUAAUCAAGGAUGUCUUGAGUGACUCCAAAUUGGGAUGAGGCUUUGAGCACGCCUUUUCCUCCAAGUGCUGCCAUAUCUUGUAAUCUAACGGAUUCAAAUCUGGACUGGAGGAGGGCCAGUCUUCGUGCCGGAUGAAGUCGAUUUCACGCGCCGCCAGCCAGUCUUGUGUGCUCUUCGCUCUAUGAGCUGGCGCCGAAUCUUGUUGGAUUACCCAGUGCCUGUUAUUGAACAUGGUAUGAGAAACAGGUUCCACAAGGUUCGUCAGGACUGUAUUUUGAUACACAACUGCAUUCGUUUUUACACCUUUCUCACAAAAAUGUACCUCUGUUAAGCCCCAAUAAGAAACUCCCAACCAUACCAUGAGCGAGGAUGGAAAAUGACCUCGUUGGACACGCGGAAUACGGUUGCUCGCUUCUUCACUACUGUGUGCGUACACCUUAUCAUUUUGUUUGUUGUAGCUCUCUUCUACGGUAAAAAUUUUUUCAUCCGAAAAAAGAAUUUCCCGAUAUUUUUUUCUCGCGUACCGCUUCAACAAAGCGCGGCAUCUCUUCAGUCUCAGGUCCAUUAGACGAGCAUUCAAACGAUGUCCUGUUUUUCUUCGAUAUGCCCGAAGCCCUAAGUCUUCAUUUAACACCCUUUUCACCGUGGUUCUGCUUAACCCCAUCUGAAGGGCCAACAGUUUCUGCUUACGUUUGGGAUUUCUUUGAAUUCGCGCCUUCACAGCUUUUAUCACUGCUGGAGUCCUAACAGACCGAGGGCGACCACUUCUUGAGCUGUCAUCUACACUAGAGUCUUCAUUGUAUCGUUUGAUGGUACGAUAAACGAAUCUUUUGGUUAUAUUCAAAUUUUUCAGUUUGUUAAAAAAUUGAAUUGGCGCGUAACCGCAACGAUGCAACGCAAUAACUGUAACACGGUCUUCUUUAAGCGUCCACUCCAUAUUUAAAAAUGAGUAGAAUUCUAAAAAAGUAUACAUUUUUAUUUUCAUGAACAAUUCGAAAUUCGAAUUCAAUAAACUUUUUUGUGGCCAGCAUUCUAAAAGAAAAGUUUUUACUGUGUGACAAUACUUAUGACCUGACUAGUUAUAAAUCUACAGUAGUGUUUACGCCAUCAUUGGUCAACUGGAACAGACUGCUUAAUUCCAUCAUUUUAAAUUUAUCGAAUCCGCCAUCUACCGACGUAACUUUUUUUUUGUUUCAUUCAUUCCGAUUCCAUUAUUAAGUAUGUACAUUCAAGAAAAACUUUUCAACGACACAAUGCGAUUAAUUUAUAAAAUUAUAUGUAAUGUAUCAAAGGAAGAUUAAAGGUGGAUUACUAUUAUAAAAACGGCCUAUUUUCAUUUUAAAAUCGCUAAUACGACGAGGAACGAACCUGCUCCUGCACAUUUUGGACCUUCGAUCACGGAUUACCUAGCUGACGAAAUCGGAAAGCAACCAGGACCAGCUAAGACGAAGAUAUUUCUACAAUAAACGAAGAAGACGAAAAGAAAAAGCAACGGUCAGGUCUUUGUUCCCGGCUACUCCGUUCCUAAAACGAUUUGUGCUAAAACCGUGUGUUUUUAUUAGUUACAGUGCUACACUACCUACAUACCAUUUUGUUUGUUUCGCGCUGCGCCGUGGAUGCCUUCACGUAAGUACCUACCGCUCAUCACACGUAGACCAUCAAAAUGCCUGGCGAUAAGGUUAGCAAAUUGGAGGAUCUUAAACGGCAAAGGGGAAACUUUAAAGGUCGACUAACUCAAUUUAAAAAAUUUAUUGAUACGUUUACUGGUGCAGUUUUAACACAGAUACAAGUGGCUGAAAUACAAUUAAGAAUACAGGCAGCUUGCGAUAUUUAUAAAAGAUAUAAUGAUGUGGAGAUGGAUAUAGAAUUGCUAUUAACCGAGGCCGAUAUGUCUUCUAACGCGGAUUAUGUCGAAUCAUUUGAAACAUUGUAUUUCACCACAAUGGCUGUCGCCAACUGUUUGGUGAACAGUGCAGACAAUUUUAACAGUUCAAUAAUGCUUAAUCAGGAAAAUUCAUGUUCACAAAAACCGGUUAGUGUUAAAUUACCUUACAUAAAACUACCUUCCUUUGAUGGAUCAUACGACCACUGGCUUGAAUUCAAAAAUUCGUAUAUUACUAUGAUUCAUAAACGUACAGACUUAGACGAAAUACAAAAGUUUCAUUAUUUACGGUCUGCGCUCGACGGAACUGCCCUGCAAGUGAUCAGUGCCUUAGAGUUUACUCCUUCCAACUAUCUUCACGCAUGGGAGCUUCUAGAAAAUCGUUUCCAUAACACUAGGCUCUUAGUUAAUAAUCAUGUAAAGUCGCUAUUUAAUAUCCCUUGUUUAAAACAGGAAUCAUCUUCAUUAAUUCGUAAGUUAAUGGAUACAGUGUUACGUAAUUUACGCGCUCUUAACACUUUGGAGGAACCCACCGACGCUUGGGAUACUUUAAUUAUCUAUCUAAUGGUAUCGAAGCUUGACUCAUCAACAGAACGCGAAUGGGAGAACCAUAAGGGUACGAUAUCGUUGAAUAAUUCUAAUCAAAAAUAUACCUUAGACGACUUGCUAUCGUUUCUUAGAAACCGAGCCGACAUGUUGGAUAUGAUUAGUGCCAAUCAUAGUAGACCUAAAGAUAAGCCGUUAAUUUAUGGUAGUAAAGUUAAUAGUGAAAUUAGUAAGCGUUCUUCUAGUUCAAAUAAUUUUCAUAGUUACGUUACAUCAAAAAACGAGAAAUCCUUUUCAAACAAUAAAUUAUAUACGUCAAAGGGGGCUUCUUAUAAAAAAUGUGUAUUGUGUGAGCAAAACCAUGCACUUUAUACUUGUAUCGCCUUUCUUAACAUGUCCGUUAAGGAUAGGUUGAAAUAUAUUGAUGAUAAAAAACUGUGUCGUAAUUGCUUAAGAGCAGGUCAUAUGAUAAGUGAAUGCGUGUUUGGUCCGUGCAAACAGUGUCAGCGGAAACACAAUAGCUUAUUGCAUAUAGGUUCGAGUAGCUCUCAAAACGAAUUAAAUGUGUGUGUGCGCGAAGACCCGGGUUCAGUGCCGGUACAUGCAUCUACGUCUAAUGCGUUGCAUUGUCUGCCCGAUAAUACGAGUGGCAGUUCCGAGUGCAAUAAUAAUAGCGAAUUUAAGGUAUUACAGACGGUCUUACUCUCUACAGCGUUGGUGGAGGUAGCCGAUAAUAAUAACGUUUUUCAUACAGCUCGUGCGCUUCUGGAUAGUGGGAGUCAGAACUGUUUUAUUACGGAGAGAAUGUCAAAUCGAUUAAACGUGUCAAAUAUACAGUCCACGGUUAGAAUAACGGGUGUAGGACAAACAAUCACACAGUCUAGUCACUCGUGCGAUAUUAAUAUACGAUCAAAACUAAACGAUUAUCAUGCUAAGAUUCGAUGUAUUGUCUUGCCGAGCAUAACAUCCAGUUUGCCCACGAUAAGCAUAGAUUCUAGCUUUAUACGAAUACCUAAAAACAUAAAACUAGCAGACCCUAACUUUGACGUCCCCGCAGAUAUUGAUUUACUGAUAGGUGCCGAUAAGUUUUGGGAUCUUUUAGAUGCGGAUAAAAUACGUCUUCCGAGUGGACCAUACUUACAGAAUUCGAAGUUAGGAUGGUUAAUAACCGGCCCUGUCUUUAAUAAUACGUACUCGCAUACUACUAAUAAUGUUCAGUGUAAUUUUACACAGGACAUUGGUAGGCAGCUAAGGUUAUUUUGGGAGCUCGAGGAGGUAGCCCUAUCACCUCGUGCAAUGCUUUCGGAAGAUGAACAAAAAUGCGAAAAGUUAUUUAUCAACACGAAUAAACGUGAUCGAGAAGGUAGAUUUUCGGUACGGAUACCGCUAAGGGAAUCAGCUGAUGUGUUAGGUGAUUCAUAUACGUUAGCGAAAAAACGAUUUUUAUCACUAGAACGUAAACUUGAACGUUUACCGGAAUUUAAACGUAUGUACACAAAUUUUAUGCGAGAGUACCAUGACUUAGGUCACAUGUCUAAGGUAACUACGUGUAGUCAACCUAAUUAUUAUUUGCCACAUCACGGUGUUAUUAAAGAAAGUAGUUCAACUACUAAGUUGCGCGUUGUAUUCGACGCUAGUGCAGUAACUAGUUCGAAUAAGUCCUUAAAUGAUAUACAAUUUCCGGGACCUGCGUUACAAAACGAUAUUUUGUCUAUAUUGUUGCGGUUUCGACAAUAUAAAUUCGUAGCUUGUGCUGAUGUAGAAAAGAUGUUCAGACAAGUUCUCAUUCAAUCUGACCAACGGUCACUUCAACUAAUAUUAUGGCGCGAAAAUCCUACGGAUCCAUUAGAGACGUAUCAGCUCAAUACGGUGACGUACGGAACCGCUUCAGCGCCGUACUUGAGUAUGAGAUGCAUCAGACAACUUGCGCUUGAGUGUGAUGAUGACGUCAUCGCGCGCGUCAUCACGCAGGACAUUUUUGUCGACGAUCUUAUAAGCGGCGACGACGAUUAUCAUAAUUUGUUACGUAUUUGUGAGAAAACUUCUCAAAUAUUACAUUCGGGGUGUUUUCCUUUACGAAAAUGGAAAUUUAAUUUAGACAUUUCGCAGGAUAAAUCAGCAGAGCAUUUUAUAGGCGAACAUGCACAAACUAAAACACUAGGGUUGGGCUGGCAUAACACUUGUGAUGAAUUAUAUUUUGUAACGAAUAUUAAUAGCGAUCAUUGCGAAUUAAAUUUAACUAAGCGUAUAAUGCUGUCUAUCAUAUCUCAAAUAUAUGAUCCCUUAGGACUUUUGUCACCAGCAGUCAUAAUAUCAAAAAUAUUUUUACAAAAUUUGUGGCUAAGCAGAAUUGAUUGGGAUACUCCUGUUUCUGCAGACAUAACUAAAGCUUGGAAACAAUUUAUUUAUUCAUUAAGAUUUUUAAAGGAAAUACGUAUCCCUCGUCACGUAAGGAGUGAACAUACUCAGUAUACGGAACUUCAUAUAUUUACCGACGCAUCCCAGAGCGCGUACGGUGCUUGCGCCUAUAUUCGCACAUACAGUGAUGAUUCAGAAAUAACAGUUCGUUUGUUAUGUGCCAAAAGUAAGGUGGCUCCCUUAAAAUCGAUUAGUAUUCCUCGUUUGGAACUUUGUGGUGCGUUGGUAGGAGCCAAGUUAUAUAAAAAAGUUAGUGAGUCGCUUAGAUUAAAAUAUAACAAAGUUUACUUCUGGACAGACUCGACGAUAGUCAUGGGUUGGAUUAAGACAUCACCACAUUUGCUUAAAACAUUUAUACAGAACCGAGUAACCGAAAUAAAUGAACUCACAGGCGAGUUGGUGUGGUCACACGUAAAUGGCAAGGAUAAUCCCGCAGACUUGUUAUCGAGAGGUUGUAGUUUAGAUUUAUUAAGAGAUAGUGAUUUAUGGUGGUAUGGCCCGUCGUUUUUACGCGAGUCAUAUUCAAUAAACAUAAAAAAUUCCGAUAUACCGAACUGUCAAACUUUACCAGAACUAAAAUCUAAGCAAGUGAGUUUAAUUUCUACAGAAUACGAUGAUAUAAUUGACUUUAAGCGAUUCGAAUCAUUUACGAAAUUAAAAAGAAUAGGUGCUUAUGUACUUCGAUUCAUAAAUAAUACACGCGCGAAGGAUAGCCGUCAAACCGGUUCCUUAACUCUUAGUGAAUUGAACGCGUCACAGCGAAUGCUCAUUAGAUUAGUGCAAAUAAGGUCGUUUCCGGACAUUUAUAAUAAUUUAAUCAACAAGAUUCCAAUUCGAACAAAUUGUAAACAAUACAACCGUAUUUCUAGUUUGAAUGUUUUUUUGGACGAUUAUGAAAUAAUACGAGUCGGUGGUAGACUAAGUAACGCGUCGUGUUUCAACUUCGAUAAAAAAACAUCCUGUUUUAUUAUGUAGUAGACAUCCUUUCACGGUUAGCUUAUUUAGAUACGAGCAUAAGCGAUUGUUACAUGGCGGUCCUCAGCUAAUGUUGGCUACUAUGCGUGAAUAUUGGUGGCCGCUAAAUGCUAAAAAUUUAGCAAAGAGGAUAAUACGAGAAUGUGUGAUGUGUACACGUAUUAAGGGUAAGACACUGACACCUAUCAUGGGUAACUUACCUUCUGAGCGCCUGGAACCUAGUUUUCCAUUCAUGAAAUCAGGUGUAGACUACGCGGGGCCAGUAUUCGUAUUGAACCGUAAAGGGAGAGGAGCACGUCUUUUUAAGGCUUAUAUCUGCUUGUUUAUUUGUUUUACGACACGAGCUAUACAUUUGGAACUCGUUACAAGUCUUUCCACUAAUGAUUAUAUUUUGGCUUUAAAACGGUUUAUUAGUAGGCGAGGUAAACCCAAUAUCAUAUUUUCAGAUAAUGGGAAAAAUUUUAUUGGUGCCGAAAAGGAAUUCCCUUUGUUUUUAGAAAACCAUUCCAAAGUAAUUACAGAUUAUGCAGCCGAUAACGGCAUUGCAUUUAGAUUUAUUCCGCCGUAUUCCCCACAUUUUGGUGGUCUAUGGGAGAGUGGGGUGCGAUCGUGUAAGUAUCACCUAAGACGCAUAGUGGGUAAUGCGAGAUUAACUUAUGAGGAGUUCACCACGGUUUUGACGCAAAUCGAAGCCGUAUUAAAUUCUCGCCCUUUGUCACCGCUAUCCACAGAUCCUACUGAUUUUACUCCACUUACUCCUGCCCACUUCCUACUAGGCCGACCGUUGACAGCGCCUGCAUCUGAGGAUCUGACAGAUAAGCCAACAUUUCAGCUAGCGCGCUAUGAUCGCAUCGAACAAUUACGUCAACAUUUCUGGCGACGCUGGUCUACGGAAUACGUCUCGGAGCUGCAGUUACGAACCAAGUGGAAGAUCAGGAAGGAUGACAUCGCCUUGGAUAGUCUAGUUCUCAUAAAGGACGACAAUUUACCACCCUUGAAUUGGAGGCUGGGUCGCAUAGUACGUUUGUAUCCUGGAAGUGACGGUGUGUCUCGAGUCGCCGAUAUUCGUACUGGUACAGGGACCAUUCGACGUUCAUUUUCCAAGAUAUGCCCUCUGCCACUCCAAUCAGCGGAAGAAAAUGAAGAUGAAGCGUGAUUCUAUUUAGAAACCAGAGAUUUCAAGGCCCGGGGGAUGUUUACGCCAUCUAUUGGUCAACUGGAACAGACUGCUUAAUUCCAUCAUUUUAAAUUUAUCGAAUCCGCCAUCUACCGACGUAACUUUUUUUUGUUUCAUUCAUUCCGAUUCCAUUAUUAAGUAUGUACAUUCAAGAAAAACUUUUCAACGACACAAUGCGAUUAAUUUAUAAAAUUAUAUGUAAUGUAUCAAAGGAAGAUUAAAGGUGGAUUACUAUUAUAAAAA